CAAAAGAAGUGGUGCGAUAUAAAGAGGUUUAGGCCCAAACUUGUAAAGGAGAUGAGCGAACGAUUAUGUCCAGGUGUUCCUGUUCCUACUAUAAAGAGGAGGGGACCACGAAAAAAACAGAAAAAUAAACCGCUAAAUGUGGUGGUGAUGGAGGUCUCAACAACAGAUGAGGAGGAUUCACAAGAGCAGGCAGGACCCUCAGAGGAUGUAGCAGCCCCUCCACCACCUGAUGGCAAUAUGAUGGCUCCUAUGAAAGCUCAUGAGCCAGGACCCUCCCAUGAGCUUCAGGAUGAGGUGACUGACACACCUGAUGUGGGAGAAGAGGUGGAGGUGGAAGACGCUGGACCCUCCCAGCCACCACAAGAACCCCCCACCACUCCACAUGAUGUGAAUCAGGAGGAUGUUGUAACCAACCCCUGCCAAGAAGUACUGCUGUUUUUGAAAAUAAAAAAUGGAACUUAUUCAGCGGGAACAGAAUGUCGGCAUGCACCAAAUGCAGAAGCUGAUGUCCAAGUUUAA